AUGGAAUCAUCAUUACUAAUCACAAAAAACAUGUCAUCAUCAUUGUAUGGAGCGAGCAGUUCAUCAAGGAGUGGUACCAAGGAAAACUUUGAAGUUGCUUCUUCAUCAGGAGGAGCAGGUAGACGAAGCAGUUCAGUCUCAUCAGCCGAUGAAAAAUCACAACCACUCUUGACUUUUAAUGUCAAUGAUUAUGUAUUUUCGUUUGAGGAUGUUUUGGAUGAGGAGGAAACUAAAACUUGUUUUGUUGAAUAUUUGAGGAAUGAUUUAACGAGUGAGAGUUUAUCAAUGAUGGCCCACCGAAUGGAUAGUAAUCUUGAUGAUGAUGAGGAUAUUUGUAGUACUGGUAGUGGUACAACAAGUCUGAAUACAAAGGGAAAGGUUUCAUUAUCACAAUCUUCCUACGGAGAAUCCAAAUAUCAUACACUACCUUCUAAUUAUUAUUAUUGUUUGGAGAAGAUUGGAUGGAUGAAAAUUAAAAAGUCCAACACAAACAAACUAAACUUUGCUAUUGAAAUUUACAAUGAUUAUAUCAAUGAUGGAAAUUGGAAGAAUCAGGAUACUCUUCUUGAUGUACCUCACUCAAUUAGAGAAAAGUCAAUACAAAUCUUUUCUAGACUUGUAAAUGAUGACAAUGAAUACGUGUGUCCACGGAGAGUCUCUCUUUCAUCAACUCCUAAGGAUGUUACAAAGCUAGCCACUUCUCUGAUUGAAGCUUCAAGGAGUAGAAACAAUAGUAAUGUAUCAACUUCCUCUGUUCCUUCUCAAGCAUUGGAAAGCAGUAGAAAAAGAGGAGAUUCUAAUGCAACUGCUAUUGACGUUUCAACGAGUGAUAGAGGACGUACUUCUAUUGAUGAAGGCGAUUUGUUUGUGGGGGAUUUAAUUUGUGAAGAUAAUGAUAUUCCGUCUAUUAAUGUUUGCACUCAUAUUUCUAAUGUAGACUCCAUUUCGGUGGAUGAGUUUUUUAGAGAUUAUUUCAAUGUAUUCAAUGAAAUAGAAGCAUGCGUGACCUAUACACUGAAGGAGUUGUGUUUUCCCUUAUUUCUAAAAUGUGAUCGUUUCCAAAGGUUUCUAGAAUUGAAGCAAAAGGAAGAGUCUAUUGAGCAACUCCUUGACAAGGUUGCAACACUCAAGCCAGUAACACAUCAAAAUUUUAUUGCAUUCAUUCAAAAUUUGAAUGUAACAUCUAUUACUGUUGAACACUUUUCUCUACUCAAAUACUACUUAUGGAAUGAGGAAUUUUGGUCCAGGAUCAAGAAGGGAAAAAACUAUGAAGUAUUCACAUCGACUGAAAAUUAUAGAAUGGAGUCCACAGAAGACAGCAAGAUUAACUUUUUCAAAUAUGAGAUACUAUUUCCUUUCAAUUGUAAAAAAGUGAUGAAAUGCUUACUAGAUACAGAAAAUAGAAAAUUAUAUGACAAGCUUUUGAAAUCCUCUGAGCAACUUGAUAGGAUUCUAAAAACAGAUACCACCCUAGCAUGUGAAUUUACGCAAGAAGUUUACAGAAUGAAAUGGCCUGCAAAGGAUCGAGUCUUUAUGUAUUGUGCUUCAUCAAUCUACGACCCUAGUAGUGAUACCUAUUUUCUGUGUGUCAAGUCAGUAAACCAUCCAAAGGAAAAACCAAUUAAGGAUUCUAUUAAGGGAUUAUCACUAGUUGGCUGGGCAUUCAAACAUAUUGACGAAAAUACAUGUAAAUAUUAUCAGCUGAUAGGUAUAGACUUUAAAGAUACAUCCAAUUCUACCCAAAGUGAAGAACCACCUAUUUACUGUGCAGGUAUUCCAAGCGCAAACAUUUCUUUGGUCUGUUCUGGUAAUGGUGUUUGUGUCGCAAAUGAUACAUGUCAUUGUGCUGCUGGAGCUAAUGGUACAAAUUGUGAAUAUAUUGCAUGUAAUGAUAUCGAUCCUUCUUCUUCCAACGUUUGUAGUGGGAAUGGUAAAUGUAUUGGUCCAAAUAAGUGUCAAUGCAAUACUGGGUUCACUGGUGAUAAUUGUUCAGAUUUCACAUGCUAUGGUAUUUUGAGUAAUAACAAGAAGGUGUGUUCUGGAAAGGGAAUUUGUGUGGGCGUUGAUGAAUGUCAAUGUAUUGGAGAGAUUAGUUCUGAUAAUUUCAAGAUUGCCACUACAGGAGGAAUUGUUCUUUCUUCAAACAGUUCACUCUCCUCAACCUAUGGAAUUUAUAAGGCAACAAUGAAUCAAGGCAACUUUUCCAUUAUGAAUGUCAAGACCAAUGAAUUGUUGUAUCAAGUAAAUUCUGAAAGUUCCGAAGCAGAAUUGAAAAUAUCUGCCAAUGGUCAAUUAGAAUUGACUUUUUCAAAUGUUACCAUUGAAGAAGAUGGAAAUUCCACAGUCAAUGUCAUAUCAACACCAAUUACUGAUCAAACUUGUGAAGGAGGCCAAUUUACUGUCGUUCUCCAAGAUACAGGUGAUUUGGCAGUUUACACAUCAGCCAAUGUGCUCUGUUAUACCAUCUCUGUCAAUAGCACUUACAAGUAUCUGUUUGGUGCUUGUAAUGAGUUUAAGUGUAAUGGUAUUCUUUCCUCAAAUUCUAGUGUGUGUAGUGGCAAUGGAAAUUGUGUAGCCCCUGAAACUUGUUCAUGUGUUGAAGGAGCUUUUGGUUCUAAUUGUGAAAAAUUUGAAUGUUUUGAUUCUGCUCAAUUUACAUCUGAAUGUAAUCAACAGGGAAUUUGUGUUGGUCCAAAGAAGUGUCAAUGUAAUUCAACCUAUUAUGGAGACCUUUGUGAAAAGUUUGCUUGUUAUGGGAUUUAUAAGAGCGAUUCAAGUGUUUGUUCUGGAAAAGGUAAAUGUGUUUCACCAAAUACAUGUAAAUGUAAUUCAGAAUACAGGGGACACAUUUGUGAAAUGUUUGAAUGCUUUGGUAUUGCUCACGAUAAUUCAAGUGUUUGUUCAGGAAAUGGCUCUUGUACUUCACCAAACACCUGUCAAUGUAAAGGAUAUUAUGCUGGCGAGGAGUGUGCAGUUUUAGGCUGUUUUGGAAUUACUUUCAAUUCUCCUCGAGUUUGUUCUGGUAAUGGCAAAUGUCUCACCAAUGAGGGUACUCAAUCUCCACCAACAUGUGAAUGUAAGGAAGGAUGGACUGGAUUGAAUUGUGACCAAUUUACCUGCUCUGGAAAUUGUUCUUCAAAUGGUGAAUGUGUUGGACCGAAUGAAUGUAAUUGUUUCAGUAAUCGCACUGGAAACUUUUGUGAAUUUGAUACUUGUUUUGGAGUGAGUGCAAAUUCGAGUAUGGUUUGUUCUGGUUUUGGUAAUUGUACUCAUGUUGAUAACUGUGAAUGUAAGCCAGGAUAUUCUGGUAGUAAUUGUCAAGAAUGGGCAUGUAACGGUAUUUCGAGAUUCUCACCUGAUGCUUGUCCAGCUUUUGCCUCAUGUAUUGCAGUUGAUACUUGUCAAUGUAAUACAGGAUAUUACGGAGAUAAUUGCACUGAAUUCGAAUGUGAUGGUUUGAAUAGAAACGAUGAAAAUGUUUGUUCUGGAAAGGGUGUUUGCAUUUCUCCAAAUAAGUGUACCUGUUUUGAUUUUGUAUCGAGAAAUUCAUUCUAUUUUGAUGGUAAUUCUACUGUAAUGAUGAACGGCAGUGAAUUGUAUUCCCUUAAUGGAAAAUAUCAAUUCAUUAUUCAAGACAACAAAAUUAUGAUAACUUCUGGAAACAGUAUUAUGAAAACUUGGUCAACUGGUCUUUGGAAUCAAAGAAUUGAAGUUGAUUCCAAUGGUACUGUUUUGGUUUAUGGUUAUAUUUCCAUAAAUGCAACUGAAGAAAGUGCUUCUAAACUCUUUGGAGAAAUAGACUGUGCUGGAGGAUCAUUCAGAAUUGUUCUCACUAAUAAUGGUGAUCUCUUGCUAGUUAAUUAUCAUCUUGGACAUGUUUGUUACUCAACUGGUUCAAACAGUACAUUUAAUUCCUCCUAUUUUGGAAAUAAUUGCCAACUUUCAAAUUGUUAUGGUACUCCAUUUGAUUCAUCUUUGGUUUGCUCAUCUCAUGGUACUUGUGUUGAACCUGAUAAUUGCCAAUGUCAACCUGGAUAUUAUGGAAUUACAUGUGAAAAGUAUGAGUGUAAUAAUAUUUUCUCUACCAAUAGUUCGGUAUGUUCAGCACAUGGACAAUGUACAUCACCAAACAAUUGUUCAUGUUUGCCAGGUUACUAUGGAGAUGUUUGUGAAUAUUUUGACUGUUUUGGAUACGAGCAUAACGAUAGUUCAGUUUGUUCUGGAUUAGGUUCAUGUACUAAACCAAACACAUGUCAAUGUAAAGAUGGUCACAUUGGAGAAUCUUGUGAAAUACAAGCAUGUUUUGGUAUUGCUUGGAAUUCCUCAACAGUUUGUUCAUCUGGAGGUCAAUGUAUUGCUCCAAAUACUUGUAAUUGUACAGCUGGUUAUAGUGGCACUAGAUGUGAAAAGUUUGCUUGUAACGGCUAUGACAGUUCAUUGCCAAUUUCGUGUUCUUAUAAUGGUAAAUGUGUUUCUCCAAAUAAUUGUCAAUGCAACUUUGGUCAUUCAGGAAUUGCAUGUGAAAAUUACACAUGUUUUGGAGUAAGUGCUACCAAUUUAUCUGCAGUCUGUUCUGGACAAGGUUAUUGUACUAGCUAUGAUACAUGUAAAUGUGCUGAUGUACCUACUAAAUCCCGAACUUACGCAUUGUCAAAGUCAGAUUCCUUUUUCCAAGUUGAUUCUUCUGGUGUUGCCUUGUAUUCACCAAAUGGAAAAUACAAAUUCAGUUUCCCAAAUUAUUCUAACGCAUUUGUUUAUAAUCUCAAAACAGGAUCUGUUAUUUGGGCGAUAUAUAAUAAUUACUAUUCAACAAAACUUUUUUUGGAUGCUUUGGGAAAACCUACUUUUGAGGGUGAUUAUGGAAACAUGCCUUACACGGUGGAAACUUAUCCAUGUUAUGGAUAUCCAUUUACGGUGAAUCUUGAAAAUAAUGGUCAAUUGGUUACAAGAGAUAGAUAUGGAAGUAAAUGUUAUGCAUCAACAAAAGAUAGUUAUUACGUUGCAGAAAGUACCACACAAUCUUUGGUUAAUGGAUCAAACUGUGAAACAUUUACAUGCAAUGGAAUUUCUCCAACAAAUUCAUCCGUUUGUAGUUCGCGUGGUACUUGCAUUGGCGUAAAUUCUUGCAAGUGUGAGGAUGGCUAUUUUGGAGAUUAUUGUGAAAUUACAAAAUGUCCACUCGAUACAAAUGGUAAUGCCUGCAAUGGAAAUGGAGAAUGCUUAACUCCAAAUGUGUGUACAUGUAAGGCAAACUAUACUGGAACCACCUGUGGAACCUAUUAUUGUCACGGAAAGGCAAACAGCGAUAGUUCUGUUUGCAGUCGCAAAGGUUACUGUUUUGCUCCUGAUACUUGUCAUUGUCAAUAUGGAUAUUCGGGACCUACUUGUGACAAUUGGUACUGCAAUGGAAAGAACCAUUCAGACCCUACUGUCUGUGGUGGUAUUGGAAAAUGUGACAGUACAGAAAGUUGCACUUGUCCAACUGGGUUAGGAGGUAUUGAAUGUCACUUGUACACUUGUAAUAACAUUUUAAAUACCUCUACUAGUGUGUGUUCAGGACAUGGUUCUUGCAUUGAUAAGAAUACAUGUUCAUGUAAAACAGGAUACAGUGGCACAUGGUGUUCUGAUUACCACUGUAGUGGAGUUCUCUACUCAUCUCCUCUUUCAUGUUCAGGUAAUGGCCAAUGUUAUGAUAUUGAUAAAUGUGAAUGUAGCACACUAAAGCUAAUAGGUGGCGUCAAUCAAAACCAUUACAAAAUGAGCCAUGGUAACCAGUAUUCAGAUUUUGCACUCACUUCCACAAAUGAAAAAUACAAAUUCCAAUCAGGAACUCAAUCCUUUGACUUGAAACGAAAAGGUGAAACAAUUCAACAAUUUCUUUUCAAGCAGGCUACAGACAACAAAUAUUUAUAUGUUUCUGAUCAUUUGCUUGUGUUGUCCGAUGUUCAUCAACAGUUAACUAUUACCUCUCUUACUUCUACUUCUUAUUCUUGUGAUCGUAAUUCUCAAUAUACGCUUGUACUAGAAAAUACUGGAAACUUGGUUGUUUAUCAAGGAUCUUAUAUUUGUUCUGCAAUCAACCUUGCAGUGUUAAAUGUAUAUGCAGGUACAGAUUGUGAAUUGACUAAAUGUAAUGGAGUACUGGAGACCAGUCGUAGUGUCUGUUCAGGUCAAGGUAAUUGUUCAGAAGGAGCUUGUACUUGUAGCGGUGGUUAUUUUGGAACUAAUUGCGAAAAGUUCACAUGUGAUGGCGUUUUAAACAGUGAUGCAUCUGUGUGUUCCGGCCAUGGUUCUUGUACUUCACCAGAUAACUGUGUUUGUAAGGCUGGAUAUAGUGGAAGUACUUGUGCUGACUAUUAUUGUUACAAUGAAUUGUCCACUUCAAAUACUUCUUGUAGCUCAAAUGGAUUUUGUGUCUCUCCUGGUGAAUGUGACUGUUCAAAAGCAAAGAUUACUUCAACCAAUUCAUUCGUAAUUAACCCAGGAAGAAUUAGCAAACCUGAUAUUUCCUUAAUAUCUCCUAAUGGAAGACACAAAUUAUAUACCUCUAAUGGUGCAUUAAUUCUUGAAAAAUUUGGAAGCAUUGCACUUCAAAUAGACAGCUAUGAUGGUUACCUCUACUUGGAUAAUUAUCCUAGCGUUUUAAGACAUCACGAAACUGUGGCAAUUACAUCAUCAGCUCCAAGUGUAUAUUCUUGCAAGGAUAAAUCUAUAUUCUAUCUAGUAAUUGACAAUACUGGUAACUUGGUUAUAGCAAAUCCUCUAGGUAAUAUUUGUACUGCCUUAUACCAAAAUUUGCUUAGCUCAGUAGGUGGGGCAGAGUGUACCAAUUUCUAUUGUAAUACACUAGGAGAAAAUAAUAUAGGAGUGUGUUCUAAACAUGGAUCAUGUAAAAAUGCCAACUGUAUAUGUAAUACAGGAUACACUGGUAUUGAUUGCGAAAAAUACACAUGCAAUGGAGUGUUAUAUACUAAUGCAUCUGUGUGUUCAGGAAAAGGAUCAUGUACUUCACCAGAUAACUGCACUUGUAAUACUGGAUAUUCUGGUCCUAAUUGUGAAACUUUCUCCUGUUAUGGUGUUUCCCAUUCUUCUUCUUCAGCUUGUUCAUCAAGGGGUACUUGUUCUAGUCCUGAUAACUGUGUAUGUCAACAAGGAUAUUAUGGCUUACAAUGUGAAAAUUAUAAUUGCUUUGGAACUAGUUUCAAGAAUACUGCUACUGUUUGUUCAGGUAGGGGUGCAUGUCAAUCUCCAGAAAAAUGUCAAUGUAAUAAUAAUUAUUAUGGUCAGCAAUGUUCAAGCUAUAAUUGCUUCAAUAUUCCUUAUAAUACGAAUGGAGUUUGCAGUAAUCAUGGUUCAUGUAAUUCUCCAGAUACAUGUAACUGCCAACAAGGAUAUAGUGGUAGCAAUUGUAAUACCUAUUAUUGUAAUGGAAUCAAUAAGAGUAAUACCACAAGUGUUUGUGGAGGUAGGGGUGUAUGUUCAGCACCAGAUUCUUGUGUUUGUAUGGACAUUACUCCUGAAUCAAUUAUUACUAGUAAUGACAAUGUUGUUUUGAGUGAAAACAGCACAUUAAGAUCACCAAACCAAAUCUUACAAUUACUUGUUGGUAAAUAUAACGUUUCUGUUAUUGAAACAGCUACUAUGGAAGUUAGAAAACAAUGGUCAUACAAUUCCCAACCAAAUUUAAGAUUAAGUGGUAACUCUCUCAUUAUUGUAACUAGUCAAAAAACAGAUACAAUUGCCAGUUGUACUGAAUCUGGCACAGUCAGACUAUUCUUGAGUGAUUUUGGUUUAGAACUGAUUUCAGAAAGUGGACUUUGUUGGUCUACUAACAAUAGUGAAUCAUCCAUUUCUAAUGCAGCCAAUGCUGGUUAUAGAGGCAUCAAUUGUGAUGCUCCAGUUUGCCAUGGUUUGAUGGCUACAAAUCCGUAUGUGUGUAGCUCAAGUGGUUCUUGUAUUGCAGUCAAUAAGUGUAACUGUGCUGAAGGAUUUACUGGUGAUAAAUGUCAAUAUCACACUUGUUCUGGAAUUAUUAAUGUCAAUUCAUCAGUAUGCUCUGGAAGAGGUGAUUGUGUUUCUCUCAAUAACUGCACUUGUCAACAAGGAUAUAGUGGAGCAAAUUGUGAACUCUAUGAAUGUUUUGGAGUAUUAUAUAACGAAACAUCAGCUUGUUCUGGAAACGGUUCAUGUGAUUCUGCAAACAAAUGUUCAUGUAAUAGUGGCUAUAGUGGUGUAAAUUGUGACUAUUUUGAAUGUUAUGGAGUUGCAUUCAAUGAAUCCUCAGUUUGUAAAAGAAAGGGCUCAUGUUUGAAACCAGAUUCUUGUACUUGUGAUAAGGGGUACUAUGGAAAUAAUUGUGAAUGGUACAAGUGUUUCAAUCAAGUUUUCAAUUCUACUGAUGCUUGUAGCGGUUUUGGUAAAUGUACUUCUCCUGACAAUUGUCAAUGUAAUAACGGAUACUCUGGAAAUGCUUGUCAAGCUUAUGAAUGCUUUGGUGUUCAAAAUAUUGACUCUGAGGUUUGUUCUGGAAGUGGUAUAUGUUCCUCAAUUAAUACUUGUUCUUGUAAAGACUUUACAGAAAACAGUACAUUUAUGAGUUCUGCUAAAUCCAAUGUUGCUAUUGAGGAAGGUAUUAGCACUCUCACCUCAGCUAAUGGAAAAUACGCAUUAUCCUUCGGUUAUGAAUUCCUUAGAGUUGAACAUGUUAGUGGAAGAAUUGUUUCACAAUGGAGAACUUCCUUGAUUAAUCAAACAUUGGAAAUUUCAACUCAAGGUGUCAUUACUGUCUAUGGUAAUCGUACCUACGAAUCUAAGGGAGCCUCAUUCACUUUGAAUGAUAACACAAAGUGCAAUAUCUUUGAUCAUCCUUUCAGAUUACAAUUGGUUGAUGAUGGUUCUUUGGUUUUGUACUCUGCUAGUGGUAUUAAAUGUUUCGAAAGUACUGGUGAAAGUGUAAAUAUUACACAAUACUAUGGUGGAGAAAAAUGUAAUGCUCAAGUUUGUUAUUCUAAACUUCCAAAUGAUACAAAUGUUUGUUCAGGAUUUGGUUCUUGUGUUGCUCCAAACACUUGUGAAUGCCAAGAAGGUUACUAUGGUGCUGAAUGUCAAUAUCACAAAUGUUCAGGAGUUGUCUUCUCAGAUGCCUCAGUUUGUUCUGGAAAAGGUUCAUGUUCUCAACCAAAUAAGUGCCAAUGUCAAAAUGGAUAUUAUGGUGAAAAUUGUGAAAAUUAUGAUUGUUAUGGAAAGAUUUUGAAAGCUUCGACAGUUUGUUCUUCAUUUGGAUCAUGUUCUGCUCCAAACAAUUGUUCAUGCUUGAAUGGAUAUUACGGAAAUGAGUGUGAACAUUUUGAAUGUGACGGAAUUCACAAGAAUGAAUCAAAUGUUUGCUCUGGAAUGGGAUCAUGUGUGGCUCCAAAUAAUUGUAAAUGCCAAAAUGGUUACUAUGGCAAUAAUUGUGAAAACCACGAUUGUUAUGGUAUAGCCUUUAACUCUAGUGAAGUCUGUGGACGUCACGGUUCAUGUGUUUCACCAAAUACUUGUAAUUGCACUGCUGGAUACACUGGAGAUCAAUGUUUGACGUUCACCUGUCAAGGACUACCAAACACUGAUUCAUCUGUUUGUUCAAGAAGAGGUAUUUGUUCUGCAAUUGACACAUGUACCUGCAUUGAUGCUUCUGAGAACAAUACUAUUAUUUCAUCAUUGGAAAACAAUCUUGUUCUCUCAAUGAAUACUUCAAUUGUUUCCAAUAAUGGAAAUUAUAGAGCUUUCAUCACUACUGAUUCCUUAAGAGUUGAAAAUACUCUUACUGGUUCUAUUGUUUAUGAAUUCAAGACAAAUAGUUCUGAUUCACUGGCUUUACUAAUUUCUGAUUUGGGUAUUCUUUCUCUUGGUGAUAAUGUUACCCUCAAUCAAGAAUGUGCAAAUAGUCAAAUUGGUCAUCCAUAUAGAUUUGUUCUUCAAAAUAAUGGUAAACUUAUUACUUACGGACCUGUAGGUGAUAUUUGUUUUGAAACCAAUGCUGAUGAAAAUGUAAAAUUCACGAUUCAAUAUGGUGGUGAAAUUUGUAAUACUCCUCUCUGUUAUGGCAUUGAAUUCAAUGAUUCGAAGGUUUGUUCAGGAAGUGGUUCAUGUGUUGCUCCAGAUACCUGUGUUUGUUCUCAAUCCUACUAUGGAGAUGAAUGUAACAUCUUUGAUUGUGAUGGUAUUUCUAGAUUGAAACCAAGUGUUUGUUCUGGAAUGGGUAACUGUUCUGAACCAAAUGUAUGUAAAUGUAAAGAUGGAUACCAAGGUUUGAAUUGUGAACUCUAUUACUGUACCACAAGUUAUUAUGGUGAAAAUUGUGAAAUAUAUUCUUGUGGUGGAAUCGCUAAUAAUGAUAGUAAUAUUUGCUCUGGACAUGGCUUCUGUGUUGCUCAAGAUGAAUGUUCAUGUAAUUGGCUUUCUUCCUCUAAUAGUUACUUGCUAAAUAAUGCAACAUCAGUUUUUGAAUCAGUUUUGAUUUCUUCCAAUGGAAAAUUCCAAUUGAAUAUCACUGAAAACUCUACAAUCAUUGUUGAUACUAGUAAUGGUGCUGUCAUUUCCUCUUGGGAAGCUUCUAGCAUUUAUGUUAGUGAUAGGGGCGUUCUGAUUAUUGGACAAUUCCAAUCAGAAGAAUGCAAGAAUUGGAAAGUUUCUUCUUAUUACAAAUUGGUUCUUGAUGAUUUAGGAACAUUGUUAUUGUUCAAUUCUAGAGGUGAUAUUUGUUAUCAAUCAAGUAAUCAAACUCAAUUCAGUCAACUCUAUGGAGGUGCUGUUUGUGAAAUUCCAGUUUGCUAUGGAGUACUUUCUAACAGCUCAAUGGCUUGCUCAUCACAUGGUGUGUGCUCUUCAUCUAAUAAUUGCUCAUGUGAAGAAGGAUAUUAUGGAGCAUAUUGUCAGCACUAUGACUGUAAUGGUAUUUUAAUGAGUGACAGCUCUGUAUGUUCCUCCAGAGGAUCAUGUAUUUCUCCUAAUAACUGUUCUUGUGAAAGUGGAUAUGGAGGCAGUGAUUGUUCCAUUUACUCUUGUUUUGAUAUUGAUGCUGAGCAGGGAACAGUUUGCUCUUCGUCUGGUAAAUGCAUUGCUCAUGAUAAUUGCUCUUGCCAUGAAGGAUACUCUGGCCAGAUGUGUGAAACCUAUUACUGUUAUGGUAAAUCAAGCAAUGAAUCAUGUUCAUUAAAUGGUGAAUGUAAGAGUCCAAAUAAUUGUAAAUGCAAGAGUGGAUACUAUGGUGUUGAAUGUGAAAAAUAUGAUUGCUUUGGUGUCGAUUCAAAGAGUCCUUCUACUUGCAGUGGUUUUGGUCAAUGUAUUUCUCCAAACGUUUGUCAAUGUAAGAAAUCUUAUGAAGGCGAAAUGUGUAAUAAUUACAAGUGUAAUGGUGUUUUGAAUAGUGAUCCAAAUGUUUGUGAAGGAAGAGGUUUGUGUAAAGAUAUUGAUACUUGUUUGUGUUUGGAUCUCUCUGCUGAUAACAGUAUUUCAACCAAUCAUUCCAGCAUUGUCUUGGAAGAAGGUCAAACCUUAAAGUCAGCCAAUGGAAAGUAUUUGCUUUCGAUUGGAACUAACUUUGUUUCUAUCGAAAAUGCCAUGUCUGGUGUGGUUGCUAAGAAGUGGGAUUUCCUAUUCAAUAAUAUCACUAUUGAAAUUUCAAAUAGUGGCAUCGUUACAUUCAACGGAAUUUUAGAAAAGGAUAACACUACUAGUGCUGUCAAAUAUGUUCCAGAUUUUGUUCCUGUUUGUAGCUCUUCUACUGCUCCAUUCAGGAUGGUAUUGCAAAACGAUGGUUCCCUAGUUGUUUACAAUAUUAUGGGUUCAGUUUGUUUUGCCAGUGUAGAAUUCAACUCAACUGACUCUUUGCAUUAUAGUGGAUCGAAUUGUAAUAUUCCACAAUGUUACAACUUUGCUGCUGGUGAUGUCAAUGCUUGUUCUAGAAAUGGUAACUGUACUCAACCUGGAAAAUGUGAAUGUUUAGACGGAUAUUAUGGACCUGAAUGCCAAUUCCAUGAUUGUUACGCUCUUUCAAGCUCCAAUAGCACUGUUUGUUCAGGCCAUGGAGUGUGCGAUAGUCCUAACUCGUGUCUUUGUCAACCAGGAUAUUCUGGAGAUCGUUGUGAAAAUUACUAUUGUUACAAUAUUUCUGUCAGUGAAUCACCAUGCUCCAGAGUUGGUUCAUGUAUUUCACCAGAUAAUUGUUCUUGCCCUGAAGGAUAUUAUGGUGUUAAAUGUGAAAAAUACGAAUGUUUCGGUCUUUCCUUUGAUGAUUCCAAAGCUUGUACUUCAGGUAAAGGUGUUUGUACAGCUCCGAACAGUUGUAAAUGUUUGAACAAUGAAUAUGGUGAACAAUGUGAAAAGUUCGACUGUUUCAAUGUCAAUUCACUCGAUAAUUCUGCAUGUAGCGGAAAUGGCAAGUGUCUUUCCCAUAACAAUUGUUCCUGUAAAGCUGGUUUUGAAGGUGAAUCCUGUGCAGUCUUUACAUGUUCUGGCGUUUUCAAUAAUGAUGCCCAAGUUUGCUCUGGACAAGGUUUCUGCGUUUCACCAAGUACUUGUUCUUGUGGUGGUUUCAAUUCAAGCAAUUCAUUCAUUUCAAGUGCUUUGAAUGUUGUGGCUGUGAAUGGAAAUUCUUCAUUGGUUUCUAAUAAUGGACAAUAUGUACUCCUUGUUGAAUUAACCUACAUCAAGAUUAAGAAGGUUUCAACUGGAGAAGUUGUUAGUGAAUGGAAUGUUGAGGCUAAUAAUGUUCGUAUUGAAGUCUCAGCUCUUGGUCAAUUAUUGUUCAUUGGUGAAUCACCAAAAGAUGGAUCUGAUGUUAGAUACUCUCCUAACAAAUUUGUAACAUGUUCUGACUCUGGAAUUAGUCAUCCAUUUACUUUGGUUCUUGAAAAUGAUGGUGUAUUAGCAUUGUUCAAUUAUGCUGGAAAGGUUUGCUUCCAAUCUGGAAAUUCUACCUUUGAAGCAAUCUACUCUGGUACUGCUUGUGAAAAACCAAAGUGUUUCGGCAUUGUUUCAGAUGACAAACUUGUAUGUUCUGGUUUGGGAAGCUGCAUUGCUCCAGAUCAAUGUUCAUGUAAAGAAGGAUACUAUGGCAAGGAUUGUUCUCAAUUUGAUUGUUAUGGCACUUACAAGAAUGAAAAUUCUGUAUGUUCAUCAAGAGGUCCUUGUAUUGCUCCAAAUCAAUGUUCUUGUGAGGGUGGUUAUUAUGGAAAGUCAUGUGAAGUGUAUAAUUGUAAAUCUGUUCCAUCAAAUUCUACUAUGGUUUGUAGUGGUAAUGGUAAAUGUACUGAUAUUGAUGUUUGUGAGUGUAACGGUGGAUUUAAGGGAAAUAAUUGUGAAAUUCCAAGUUGUGAUAACACCUAUGCUGAUUCAAGAGAUGUUUGUUCCAGCCAUGGUUCAUGUGUUGAUUUAGAUACUUGUAAAUGUAAUGCAGGCUAUUAUGGAAAUAAUUGUGAAUUGUAUAAUUGUUCAUCUGUACGUUAUGAUGAUUCAUCAGCUUGUUCUGGUAAUGGUAAAUGUUCUCAACCAAAUAAGUGUGAAUGUCAAUUGGACUAUUAUGGAGAAACUUGUAAAUUAUUUAACUGUUCCUCUAUUCCAUCAACUUCUUCAUUGGUUUGUAGUGGUCAUGGUUUAUGUGCACUUCCAAAUAAUUGUACAUGUCAAGAUGGAUAUUAUGGAACUGCCUAUUGUAAUUGUACUGAUAAUUAUAGCGGUUCACUCUGUGAAGUUAAACCAUGCGUUUUGAAUUGUGGUGCUAAUGGUGAAUGUACUAAGGACGCUAAGGGUAACCAACUCUGUAAUUGUUUCAAUAACUUUGCUGGCUCAAAUUGUCAAAAGUGUAAAUCUGGAUUUGUUCUCUCUGAUGGAAAAUGUGUCUGUGAUAGCUCACUUGGAUUUGUUUCUGAUGAAGUUUCCGGAGGAUGUGUCUGUAAAGAAGGAUUAACUCUAAAGGAUGGUCAAUGUAUUACUCCUCUUGUCAAGUGUGAUUUGAAUUGUGGAUCAAAUGGUGAUUGUUUCUUCAAGACUAAUACCACUAUUGGAUAUUGUGAAUGUAGAAAUAAGUUUAUCACUGUUGACAGUACAAAUCCAUGUACUGCUUGUCCAGUUGGUUUGGUCAAUGUUUCAAACGCUUGUGUCUGUAAUGCUGAUUUGGGUUACUUGCCAGACAAUGAAGGAUCAUGCUAUUGUGAUACCACUCAAGGUUAUCUUUCCAAGGCAGGUGUUUGUGUUUGUAAUUCAUUGUUAGGUUUCUCCAAGGCAACCACUGGUUGCUCUUGUUCUACAUCAGCAGGUUAUGUCAACAAGUUUGGUACCUGUGUAAGAACUGAUCCAGUUUGUAAGAAUGGUUGUGGACAAGGUGUAUGUCAAUAUGUUGAUACUACAUCAUCAACUACAACUUGUAUCUGUAACACUGGCUAUCUCACUACUAAUACUAGUCAACCAUGUUCAUCUUGUAUUUCUGGUUAUUCAAUGACAAGUGGUAAAUGUAAGCGUGUUUGUCCUCCAGAAUACUAUGGUGAUGAAUGUAAUAUUUACACACUCACUCCAGCUUGUAUUUCUGCUCCAUCUGUAUCCGUUCCAUUCUGUAAGGCUCAUGUCAAGUACAGUAUUAAGAAUACUAAUUUUGCAGUAGGUGCCACUAAUGCCGUUGAAGCCAAGACCAUGAUUGUUGCUAAUUUGUUGAAAUUGGAUCAAACUACCAGUACUAACUACUCUGAAGUAUUGAAACAAGUUGAGAGUAGAGGUCUUGAAUGUGGAGACGAUUGUAAAGCAGCCAUUAAGAAAUUCUUGUGCUAUCAAUCAUUCACUCCAUGUAAUCCUUCAGCUUUGGGUGUUCCAGAAGAAAAGCAAUGGUGUUCAGGUGUUUGCUCUAUUAUUCUCAACAAUGAAGUUACUCAUCCUGACUUGUUCACAACUGAUUGUUCCACAUUGCCAACCUCAAAUUGUUACUAUGGCAGUUAUUUACCACCAAAUACUACAUGUUUUGGAAAGGAAUACUCUGCAACUGGAGUUUGUUCUGGUAAGGGUUCAUGUGUUGAUCAAGAUACUUGUUCAUGUAAGCAAGGUUAUACAGGAAGUUAUUGUCAAUCUCCAAUCUGUUACGGAAAGGAAAGUACUGCUUCUGAUGCUUGUUCAUCAAAGGGUACCUGUGAUUCUCCUAACUUGUGUAAAUGUCAAAAUGGUUAUUCAGGUUAUGACUGUUCUACACCAACUUGUAAUGGUAAGACUGAAACUGAAGGUGGCUGUUCAUUCCGUGGUCAAUGUGUUUCACCAAAUACUUGUUCUUGUUUGGGUAAUUUUGCUGGUACUUAUUGUGAUAAAUGUAAGAAUGGAUUUACUGGUCCAACAUGUGAUAUUGCAAUUUGUAAUGGUAUUACCGCAACUGAUAAGAGUGUUUGUGGUGGUAGAGGUAGUUGUGUUGCUGAAAAUGGUGUUCCAGUUUGUAAAUGUAAUGAUGGUUAUGAUGGAUCAAGUUGUCAAAACUUUAAGUGUGAUGGUAUUGACCGUUCCAACACUUCAUUUGUUUGUUCUUCUAAGGGUAAAUGUAUUUCAUCCGGUGUUUGUUCAUGUAGUGGAAAUUAUGACCCUCAAAAGUAUUGUUCAAUUUGUACUCCUGCAUACACUGGUGAAGGAUGUUUAGAAAGAACAUGUUCUGAUGAAUUUACUUGUAAUAGUCAUGGUACUUGUAAUUCUGAAUUCAAGUGUGUCUGUAGUGCUGGUAGCAAUUGGGUAGGAGAAUUCUGUAAUACUUGUAAGGAUGGUUAUGUUGGUGAUAAUUGUCAAAUUGCUUGUUCUGCUUCAGUUAAUUGUAAUUCAAAGGGUACUUGUAAUAAGGAUGGUACAUGCUCAUGUCAAGGUAAUUCAAUUGGUGCCAGCUGUGAAUCUUGUUUACCAGGUUGGUACGGUGAUAAGUGUGAUUAUAAGGUUGAUGAAACAACAUUUGGUUUCACUGAAAAGGGUGACUCUAUUGUUGGUACAAUUUUCACACCAAUCAAGAAGAGAAUCAAGUGUUCUAGUGUUAUUGCCAAUGUUGAUUCAUUGGGAUCCAAUCCUGUUUGUAUCUUUAACGAAAAGAAUGUAUUCCAAAUUGUCCUCGGUUCUAUGGCUACAAUUAAUAUUGGAGAUACCUUAAAGUUCAGAAGUUAUCUUGAUAGUGAAGAAACAGAAGAUGUUCUUGUUAAUAAGAAGGAAUAUCAAAGUAUUGCUCCUGCUGCUGUAUUGACUACUGACAAGGCAUCCAUCUCAAAGGCUUGUGGUAGUAUCUAUUUGGAUGCAUCUGGUUCUGUAUCUUUGGAUAGAAGAAAGCUUCUCUUCUCUUGGACAAACAUUGAAGCUCCAACCCCAGAUGAUGAUGAAAAGGUUGAUAAUCUCCUCGCUUCAGUUACUAGCUCUGGUGUUUCAUUCACAGCAGAAACUCUUAGUGUUGGUUCUUAUUUGGUUCAAGUUACAGUAAAGAGCUCAUUCUCUCAAGAGCAAACUGUCAAGACAGUCAAAUUUGAAGUUACAGAAAAUACUGCACCAUUUGUUACACUUAAGGAUGGUCUUGAAUCUACAUUCACAAUUGGUAGCAAGGCUGUCAUUACUCCAAUGAUUUCGACUCCAAAAUGUUAUAAGGGUACAGGUCCAAUCACUUACAAUUAUCAACAAGAUCCUGGCUAUCCUCAAACUGCUGUUGAAAUUAAGACUCAAAAUGAAUUGUUAGUAUUUGGUAAUGACUUUACCAAGAUUACUGAAGAAGGUGAUUACUACUUUGUCUUGACUGUUUCUCAAGAAGGUGCCUCAGACACUGUUGUUCAUUUCAAGGUUGUUGCAAAGGCAUUACCAUUGAAGGUUGCAUUCAGUGUUAAAGACUUGUCUCAAUCAUUUGAAAACGAUGUUAAAUUCUCUGUCUACAAGUCUGAUCCAAGUGCUCCAAGCUCAACUGAUGGUAUUGUCUCAUUGACAUGUAUGAAUACUGAUACAGCAGAAAUGUGUAAUGGUUUCCAAGCUAAUGAAAAUAAUAUUGAUCAAACAAGUCUUCAGUUUGUCAAUCAAAUGGAACCUGGUUUGUAUCUCUUCACAGCUAGCUUUGUUAAAGGAACAAGAAAGGCUCAAGCUUCUCUCCAAAUAACAAUCUUGGAUGAACCAAAAUCUAGAUUGAUUCGUGUCCAAAUUCAACCACCAAAAGAUACAGAUUUAACCUCAUUAGAUCCAUCUGUUGAUUUGGUCUUGCAAACUUCUGUAUUGGAUAGUUUGACAAAUCAAAGAGUUUUCACAUGGUCAUCAUCAGAUAUGGAAUUUGAUUCUUCAAUUGUUGUUUCCAAGAAGUAUAUCACAAUUCCAAAAUCUCUACUUGCUCCUGGUGCUACUUAUAAGGUUGAUGUUACAAUUGUAGAUGGUAAGAAGAAGGGUUCUGCCUCUAUUCAAUUCACUGUUAACUCUCCUCCAACUUUGGGUGAAUUUGAAGUUUCUCCAUCCACAGGUGUUGCAUUGAAGGAUGAAUUCAAGAUUAAAUGUGGUAAUGGUUGGUCUGAUCCACAAUCACCACUCUUCUACGAAUUCCAAUAUAAGAAACAAAACGAUUCUACAUGGAAUAUUCUCUCACAAAAGUCAGAAACCAAGUCAAUCUCUGUUACACUCCCAGCUGGUGAAUUGGAUAUUAAGGUCAUUGUCUAUGACUCUAUGGGUGCUGCAUCAGAAACAACUCAACAAGUAGUUGUCUCUCUUCCAGAUGCUAUCAGUGCUCUCGAUACACUCUCUUCUGAUCAAGGAUCUGUCUCUGUUUCAUCAAUGGCAUCUGUCAUGAGUGUUAUUGGUUCUGUUUCUCCAACAAAUGCUGAGCAAGCUCAACAAUUCCAAGAAGCUGCUUCUAACUUUGUUAACAAAUACUUUGAUCAAACAUCUACUGAGGAAUCUCUCACUGAACAAAGCACUGAAUCCACCAAUUCAAAGAUUUCCGUAAUUUCAUCCAUCAGUGGUUGUGUUGGUACUUUGAAUGAUGACACUGUUUCAAAGGUUGUCGAUAAUUUGGAUAAUACAAUUUCAGGAGCUUCUUCAAGUGGUUCUGUAAAGAUGGGAGCCGAUCAAAUUGAUUCUACCAAGGGUUCAGCAGGUGUUUUAGAAAGUCGUGUAACUUCCUCACUUUCUCAAGCUCGUAAUUUGAUGAGGCUUAGAUCAACCAAGUCUCGUAAACUUACAACAAGUGAUUUGGCCAAGUUAGAUAAUGUUUUCGCCAAUUUGGUUGAAUGUGAAAUUAAGAAUGUUGUUUCUGACAUGCCUGCUAUUAGAGGUGAAGGUAUUGGAUCUUAUUCUUAUGCCAGAUUAGUCAGUGUUCCUACUCUCUCUGGAUUGAAUGAAUUUGUCAAUGAUAAAUCCUCAUUCAAGAUUAAUGAAGCAGUUACUUCACUUCCUGAACUAGCUGAAAUUGAAAAUGUCAAGCUUUAUAUGAAGGUUUCUACACCAACAUCAGGUUACAAUCUUACAGCUGCCUCUAAAUCAUUUGAAUUCUACGUUUUCGAUUCCACAAAUUCAUUGAAUAUUGUCUCAAAUGAAACUUUGGCUACAUUGUCAAUUGAAAGAACUCCACAAACUAGAAAGAUUGUCCAAUCCUAUAAGUGUAUGGAAUUGAAUGGAACUACCUAUGUUGAAUCAUCUGAUUGUACUAUUGCCUCAAAUGAUACAAGUACAUUCUCUGUUCAAGUUAAACGUACUGGUACUUUCACUAUUGGUUUGUUCUCCACUGUUGAACAAGAUACUGUUGAACAAGUUAAGAACACAACUGAGAUUACUAAUACCACUUCUGUCACUAAUACUACAACAGUUACUAAUACCACAACAGUUAGCAAUAAUACCUCUGUCACCAAUACUACCACAGUUAGUAAUAAUACUUCAACUACAAAUACUACCUCACCUACUAAUUCUACUGUCAAUCCAAAUCACAGCUCAAUUCCAAAUACAGAUACAAGCACAAUUAGUCAUCCAACAAAAUCAAGUGGCUUAAUUGCUAUAAUGAAUGAUGACGUUGCUAUUGGUGUAUCAGUUACUUUGGUGGUACUUGUUUUAAUAGCCACUGCUGGUGUAGUUGUAAUAGUUGCUAUACGAAAGAAGAAAGAAGAUAAACUAAUUAAAGAAGUAGUUGCAGAGCAAGCUGCUAAGGAUAUUGAAAUGGAAGAGGUAACCCCUACUUUAGAUGAUCAACAACCACAAGAAACUACACUUGAACCUUCUUCCGAGCCUUUGGUUACUAUUGAACAACCAGUUGAAGAAGUACCAACAAUAGUUUCUCCUCCAGAAAUUGAAAAACCAGCCGAAAAUAUUAUCACUUCUGAUGAAAUUGAAUUGGAAGAAUCCGCCACUACAAAAUUGAAAACAAUGAAAAGCAAGUGGUUGAAGAAGAAUCAAAGGAUGAAAAAUCUGCUGACCAAGUUGUUAGUGCAGAUGAUAAUGAUAAUAGUGGUAAUGUUGAUACGGUUGAUGAAGGAGAUGCUUCAGAAAAUCAAGUUUAAAUAA